AUGCCUGUGGCAACUCUCCACCUCCUCUCCCUCACAAAAUCCACCGACCCCCACUCCUUCCUCCACAAUCUCAAGCAAUCCCCCAAUAUCAAAGUCAUCGUCGCCUCCCGCCCACGCCAUGUCGUAAUCCACCCAACAACACUAGACAACAAUGCCCUCGCAACAACCUCCUGGGAUCUCCUACUCCUCCUAACAACCACCCAACCAACCAACAACGAGGACCCAAUCCCAUCCACCCUCCGCCCCUCAAUCACAGCAGAGUACAAACUAACAACCGGCAUCCCCUCAAAACUCCUCUCAACCUACGCAGCCCGAAACGCCCAACUCAAACAAAACGCCCCAUCAAUCCCCCUAACAGGUUCCCUGGACAAGAUCCUCCGCGAAGGAAGCAAAGAUUCCUCGCAGAACCUAGAAGUCUCGCCCCAACUGCUCCAAUUCAUGACCGAGCUUACGAAAACGCACUCCGGUCCUGUGACCAUGCUGAAUUUAUUGCAUUUCCACCACCCCGAUGGUAAAAAAAGCUAUUACCAGUAUGGGCAGGCGUUUAUCCCCGUUGCGGGGAAACGUGGUGGUGAUGCUAAGUUGGUGGGGAAUGUGGUGGCGCCCGGAGAGGGUCAGUUGGAGGAUUCGAGAGGGCCGAGGGAGAGACCGCAGCAGGAGUGGUGGAAUGAGAUUUCUAUUGUGCAUUAUCCGUCUAUUCGGCAUUUUUGUGAUAUGUUGGCUGGGGAGGAUUAUCAGGAGAUUAACGAGAAGUAUCGGUUGUCGGCUCUUCGGGAUACGUUCUUGUUGUGUACGACUGAGUUUGAUGUCGAAGCUUUGGGGGCUUCGAAGCUGUGA